AUGGCAACGGUGACUGUUUCGACGUCGGACAAGCUACUUCAUAAACCGACCAGCAAAAGUUCGUCGACGACGGAGGCAACACUACAAUCACUGUACAACCGUGCGGUGAGAGCAUUCCUUCACCGAGACGUCGCAAUCACGUUCACACUAUUAAGCGCUGCAUUCGCGCUCCUCCCACCUCCCCUCGCGCCCUCGCCUGAUCCCCUAGAUGUCCACCGGAGAAAGUGGGACAUCCUUCGCAUCACCCUCGAGACCACCGUCUUCUCUUCUACUCCGGACCUCGUUGAUUUACCACAGCCACUCCGAGAAUCCCUACUCUUGUCUCCCCAAUCAUUUAUUUCCAACUUAUAUGCUCGAUCUCUCGCUUUGUUUACUCCUUCAUCACUGUAUCGAAAGCCUAGCUCCGCAUUCCUUCCGCACCAAAUUGUCAUCACACUCAUAGCAUCCAGCAUCAAGAUAGAUUGUCCAAAUAUUGGUCGCGAGAUCACAGAGGACUGGUUGUCGAAACGCGGUCAAUAUGAUUUCGUACCUUCCACAGGUGAACCAUAUCACAAAGUUCUGGAACUCUACUGCUUGCAUGUCUUGCCUCGUUUGGGUGAGUGGGAAUACGCCAAAGAAUUUCUGUCAUACGAGAAUGAGCUCUCGUCUGAUAAAAGACACGAACUUCAUUUGGCUCUUGAGGCUCAACAUGCUCUAGCGCUAGAGAGUACAAAGUGGAAGACACCAAAACCCGAGCCUUCUCCCUCCCCUAUACCAAUACCUCCACUCCGUUCUCUAUCCCCAGCAUCUUCCUCCUCCUCUCUAUCCACCACAUCCACCCGCACCGCAGUCCCAGCAUCCCCUCGUCCAAAAAUUACCCGCCAACAAUCCGCAUCUUCCACCUCUGCAGUUUCAGACGUCACGGUAACUCGAUCCCCUCGCCAUGGCCACAACCAAAGCAUGCCCCGAGGAAGUUCAAGUGCCAGUGCCGUUCGCAUCUCCCGCCUUCCUCCAGUCGACCACAAUCUCGCGACUGCACAGCCCCCAACUUCCCUAGCACUCAUAAGAUCUUAUUUCAACCACUAUUUCACCGCAAACAGAAUAGCCACCCUAUCGGUCUUGUUCUUCCUAAUUCCCCUACUAUCUUUGAUCCUUCGGAGACGGCGGCGCUUAGAGACACUUGCGGACCUGGUAAGGAGGAGAUUGUUGGAAGCACGUAGCGAUUCAAUUGUGAGACGGUUAUGGAAUGAGUUGGUGAGGGUCGUUUUGGAUACUGUUAGGAUGGGUGGCGGGUGA